AUGGUGCAUGCUCUCUUGACAGACACCACCCUCGCGGUACGCGUCCGAGGAGAAGCAGCCCCUCCGUUUGAAGCAGUUGUCGGCUCACCCCAGGGUGACAGCUUAAGUCCACAGCUCUUCAACAUCUACUAUGAGGCAGCCCUCCGUGAUCUGCGUGAGACCUACCCACCAACCCCUGCCGAAGACAAGCGGCUCAAGCUACCACCAGAGACCCAAUAUGCUGAUGAUCUUGAUUUCAUAAGUACAUCCCACCAACAUCUAGAAAACAUACACGAGCAGGUGAUAAAGGUUCCGCCAGAAUGGAAGCUACAGGCCAAUGCCACCAAGACUGAACGAAUACAUAUCUGUUGGAAAAGGGAGAGGGAGGAGGAGACAUGGAGUAAAACGAAGUCUCUGGGCUCCCGGCUAGGCAUCGCUGAUGAUAUCGACGGGAGAAUGCAGUUGGCCAACGCAGCAGUUAGGAAGAUGUGGUACAUGUGGGGAGCACAACCUGUCUCCCUGGAGCUAAAGCUUAAACUCUUUAACGUUUACGUCUUACCUGUAAUGCUAUACAACUGUGGUACAUGGGGGUUAACGGAACAGUUAGCCAGCAAGAUCGACACCUGGCACAGGAAGCAGUUAAGACGCUUAGCUGGGUAUGUCCACCCACACCACAUCAGUAACACCAACCUGUACAAGAUCUGUAACUCCUCUCCCCUUCAAAAUGAAGUCCACCGGCGCAGAUGGACUUUCUUCGGACACAUUCUCCGCAUGUCACCUGACUCACCUGCACAAAAGGCCCUCAACAUCGCCUUUAGCAGAAAACUCUCGCCAAGGAAAGGCAGGCCCCGAGGAGGUCUUCUGGACUGUCUACUAGACGACGUCAAGUUGUACUUCCAGCAGAACAUUAAAGCCGAGGCCUACGUUCUUAAGUGGCUACGAGACCAGGCAAGGCAGAAGGAAAAGUGGAACGGACUGUACAAGAACAUUAAGGACUCAUACUGA